CCCAGCUGCCGCGGCAGCGGCCCCGCGCGGCAGGCGGAAGCGGCCCCCCUCGCGGGGGGGCGGGGGGAGCGCGGGCUCGCCACCCGCGGGCCGGGCGCGGCGAUGCCCUCCAUGCCGCUGCCACUCACGCAGCAGCGAGGCCUCCACCAGCCAGGGGCGCUCGACGGCCACGGCCACGCGGCCCCCGAGGGCGCCGAGCGGGCGCCGCCCGCGCGGGGGCCGCCGGCGGACACGAAGGAGCAGGCGCCGGAGGCCGACGUGGCCACGGUGGUGGACCUCAGGCCCGCCGAGCAGCAUGACGGCGCGCACGGCCGCACACCCGCCCGUUGGGCUGACGAGGGCGCGCCGCAGCCGCCUGAGGCCGCGCCAGAGGCCGAGUCCGCCGCGUGCCAGCGCCUCCAGCCCUGCGGUGCCCGCGGGGCGCCGCCGCAGGCCGACGACGACCCGAGGCGCGCGCCCCUGCCCGCCCCGCUGCCCGCCGAGCUCCGGCUGGCGCGGCCAGCGGGCCCGCGCGAGGCGGAGGGGCCCGCCGAGAGGCGGUGGCAGCUGGCCUGCGAGCAGCUCGCAGGCACUCAGAAGAAGCGCCGCCCAGGAGAUGGCGCGACCAUCCGCAAGUGCGGCAAGCAUUGGGAAAUCGAGUACGGGUGGCAGAGGGGCCGCCUGACGAACAAGAGCGCAGGCCGCCUUGCCCCUUUCCAGCGCGGUGCACGACCUGCCCCUACCACCGAUUACGUCCAACAGCGGCAGGAACUUCUCGAACGCCGACGCAACCUCAGCAGGCAGUGCAGGACAGAGGCCGACAGGCUCGCCAUCAGAGCCUGCGACCGCGAGAUCAAGCGCACCAAACGCCGACUGGACACCCAGCACGUCGAGCAGUUGCUUCGGGACGCCACCGCAGCUGCGGAGCGUGGACACACCACGGCAGUCUGGAAGCUGGCGUACCAGAUCGGCGGCCGAUACCAUGGCGUAAGGAAUCGGCGUUUCAAUACGAUACCGCACUACCUCCCUACCCUGGAAGAAUGGACGACGACACUACUGGCGGGUGCGGCUGAAGGAGGCUUCUCGGCAGUGCAGGUCCCUGAGCCUGAAUUUCCAGCGGAGAUCGCCUUGGCGCUGCGGGAGCAGAACGACCCAGACGGUACCUGGAUGGAACUACGCGGACAUCCCGCAGUGACUGCCCACGACGACUGGACCGGCACGCUGAGGUGUCUCCGACAUGCGGCCCGCAGGCGCUACGCCCCAGCUCACUCCGCGCCCACCGAGCUCUGGUACGCCAUCCUCAGGGCGGCCAGCAUCGAGGCGCGAGGUGACCCGACUGGAGUCCCCGACGUCAGCGAUCGACCUGCACGACCACAACGAGUACCGCACGUGCACUGCCCGCGCCUGGCGGAGCGCCUGGGGGCUCUCUUUCGUCAGAUCCGCACCGCCUGCCGCACGCAGUCCUGGUGGCACUGGUCGAGGCAGGGCGCACAGCUGGUCUCCAAGCUUCACACUUGGAGGCUUCGCCGUCUUCGCGUCAACCACCUCCAGCUCAAGAAGGACAUGACCAACGCCUUCCCCUCCACGUCCCGCGACAUCUUGGAGGAGGCGGUGAGCCAGAUCAUCCCAGACAUGCAGGAACAUCUGUUCCUCAAGCAGCGCCACACCGAGGCAGUCAUGGAGGUGCGAGCAGGUGACGCUCGAGGCUUCUACGUGCCCAGCUCCACAGUUCCGUUGAUGGAGGCCGCCACCCUCAUCUCCUGCCCGUGCUCGGGGCAGCUCGUGGAUUUGUCUUUACGUGAUUAUGCCGAUGAUGUCUCGCAGACGCUACCAGUGCCAGGUAACAACCCUUUUCGUGCCGCGGAGGUGGCCAAGCAGUCCUCCGACCCUUUGGCGGCCAAGCUCAGAGCCCAAGGCGGCUUCACGCAGAAUGCAUCCAAGGAGCUCGUUCUGCCUGUCUUCGUGGGCCCUGGAGGGUACACGGCCACCCGUGCCGUCCUUUCGGGACUCGUUUCUUUCCCUGGGCAGCCCAAGGCCCAGGCGGCCUACCUUGGAGGUCUGGAGCAGCUCACUGGAGGCGCGGGGGCGGAGGUUCGAGUCAGGAUAGAUGCGACAAGAUCAGCUUGGUGCAAACUGGGUCGUUUCUGGAAGCAGCACGUCUCGCUCAGGCUCAAAAGGAUGGCCUUCUUGGGUGUUCUGCAGAGUGCGGCCUACGCGGGCCUGGAGACUUACCUUCUGGCCAAACGGGACUACGGCAAAUUGGAUGCUGUCCUCUUGGGAUUCGCGAAGGUCGCUCUUCGGGGAGUAGCUAGACGUACAGAUGCCGAUGGGGUAGGGCAGAUUCGAGUUCCACACGCCUGGCAGGUCCACAAGCGCCUGCGCAUCGCCGACGCUCGCACCGAGCUCCUCGUACGCAGGCUGGGGUACUGGCAACAACUCGCCAAGUACCCCGAGUCUUCUGUGCAAGCGGUCGCCGCGCUGCUUGGGAACUUUGAGGCGUUGCAGGAGGCGCUUGUAUUCACCGGGUCUGGAUGGAUAGACAAAAGCGAGAACCCGUGGGCCCUCCAAAUGCAAAAAGGCAUCCUCACCCUCAGGCUCCUCGCCAAGGGCAAGCUCUUCUUGGACCAGGGUCACUCGAUCAGGGACAUUUUUACUCAGGAUAGGGUUGCGGCUUUCUUCGCUAGUCUGGACCCCGCUAGGUCCACGCUCCCCCCGCUCCUGAGAUCCAUUUUGAUGUCGAACCUCGCGGAGCGUGCGCUGAGCAUUGGGACCGAAGAACGCCUGCGAGAGCUCAGAGCAGCCGCGGCUGGGCCAGCCCCCAUGGUCUGGAACGCCACCGACACGCACUUCGGCUUGGCCCGACAGGAUGUCGCCAGCUUGCAGCGCUUGCCGAUCGAAUGGGUCCAGGCCGUCGUCCCCGUCCUGAUGCGGAUGUCUCUCCGACACGAGCAGGGCCUGAACCAACUCGAGGCCGCCAGCUGCCGACACGUGCAGAUGCCCACCAAGCACGACGUGGUCCAGUCGAUGCAGCUGACCGCGAAGUACUGCGGCACGGAGGCCGCCAGGAUCAGGAAGGAGAAGCGCGAGCAGCUGGAGUCGGGCAAGACGGUCGACGAGCUCGUAGCCCUGGGCAUCCCCCACCCGCACGCGUGGAUGGCGCUGGUCGGCGCCCUCAUCGCGCAGGGCGAAAAGAUCGGGCAGCAGAACUUAGCGGCACUCACGCAGUAUCAGCAGAAGGUCAGGCAGGAGCGCCCGACCAACAGCAUCCUCGCAGACGACAUACGCCUUCGGCUCGGCAAGUUUGCGACCUCGGGGAUCCCAGAGAGUACCUCCUUCCCCGAUCCAGACUACGACCCCGUCACCAUCCGCGCCCCCGACCCAGAGGAGAUCUGA